AUGCUUGUCGCCGCCUUCGGAUUUGACUGGCAGAAAAAGGUGGACGACGAAAAGUUCAUUUCACCGCCAACGUCUUCUGGCAAGCUGAUCUUUUUCUCUACACUGAAUUCGAGCAAUAUAUUCACUAUGCGACGCCCACGGCAUAAUACGACUUCUCUGCCACGAGACCUACGCUCAGAACUAGGUAUUCGCGACACAUACGGCGAAAAAAAGCGUCGACAAAACGGGCCUGCAAAUCGCAAAGACCGCCGACAAGCUGAACGGACAGAAAAAAAGUCAAGAAAGCCUACUGGACCGCCUAAGAAGCAGUUCCAACGACAUGAACAAAAAUCUGAUGAUGAUGAUGAUGAAGAUGACUUUGACUUGGACGAAGAUGACGAUAUAUCGAGCGAUGAUGUCCCACCUGUGUCCAAGAGCAAGUCCAAAACUUCAGAACCAGAAAAGAAAGCCAAGUCGAUUUUAAAGAAAUCGCCGAAGGUUGAAGAAUCUGAGUCGGAUGAGGAGGAAGAAUUAGAGGAGAUUGACUUGGGAGAAACCGACGAGGAGGAAGACUCUCGGCCGCGCAUUUCGGAUACCGUCAAGUCCAAGUUGGCCCAAGAUGACGCCGAAAUCGCUUCAUUGGAGAAGAAGCUUGGUCUUAAAAAGGGAAAAAAGCUUCCAAAAGCCUUUGCAGAAGACGGCCUAGAAGAUUUAUUGGGAGAUGUGGGCGAGGAGUUGGAGGACGACACUCGUAAGCGCAAACGCGAAGCCGACGACUGGCUACAAAGCAAACGACGCAAGGCCCAAGAACAGGCUGCUGCUGCUGCGCGGGGAGAGGAGGAUGACAGCGAAAUGGACAGUGAUGAGGAGGAUAAUCUGGACGAUGAGAUAUUCGGCAGUGAUGAUGACGAUGACGAGGAUGAGGAGGGUGUUACAGGGAGCGAUUUUGAUGGGUUUGACGAGGAAGAAAAUGAAACACCCAAAAAGCGAGAGAACCCAUAUGUGGCUCCUGUUACAGCCACUCCUUCUCAGAAAUACAUUCCGCCAUCAUUGAGAGGUCGUGCGGAUCCCGAGACUGAGUCUCUUACUCGACUACGGCGCCAAGCUCAGGGACACCUGAACAAGUUGUCCGAAGCCAAUAUGAUGUCUAUUGUCGCCGAGUUCGAGAAGCUUUAUCGCGACUACCCGCGGCAAAAUGUCACUUCUGUUUUGCUCAGCUUGCUGAUGGGUCUCAUCUGUGAAAGGGCCGUCCUUCAAGACACAUUUAUGAUCCUUCAUGCAGGAUUCAUCGCAGCCCUCUACAAGAUUAUGGGUAUGGACGUUGGUGCGGAGUUUGUGCAAAGAAUUGUCGAAACAUUAGAGGCCAACGGUGAUGAGCGUGGCAAGUUCGAGGGAAAAGAGAACGUCAAUCUUUUAUCUCUUCUCUCGCAACUUUAUAAUUUCCAUGUCAUUGGCAGUCCAUUGAUGUUCGAUUAUAUUCGUCUCUUCCUUCAGGAUAUCAACGAGACAAACACCGAGCUUCUGUUGAAGGUCAUUCGGAAUACUGGACCCCAGCUUCGACAAGAUGAUCCAUCAGCACUGAAGGACAUUGUUCUGCUCAUUCAGCCCGCAGUCGCAAAGGUUGGAGAGGCAAAACUUUCCGUCCGUACUAAAUUCAUGAUCGACAUCAUCACAGAUCUUAAAAACAACCGUGUGAAGAAUAGUAUUGGCGCAGGUAUAACUUCUGAACACAUUACCAAGAUGCGCAAAAUCUUGGGUUCUUUGAACAACACUCGUGUCAUCCGUGCCUCGGAACCCAUCAACAUUACCCGCGCUGAUAUCCAAGACUCUUCCAAAAAGGGUAAAUGGUGGCUCGUGGGUGCAAGCUGGAGGGAAGACCCACUAGUAUCCGCUCGCAAGGAACUGGCAGAUGCACCAAAAAUCCAUGCCACUGAUUCAGAUGACGACAGUGAAGCUGAACUCGAUUUGGGUGACCUCGCCAAAGCCCAUCGCAUGAACACCGACGUCCGACGUUCAAUCUUCGUCGCUAUCAUGUCCGCCAAUGACUUCCAAGAUGCGCAGGUACGACUACUUAAGCUGCGGUUGAAACGCGCGCAGGAAUUCGAAAUACCCCGUGUUCUACUCCACUGCGCCAUGGAAGAAGAAGCCCACAACCCAUACUAUACCCUUAUUGCGCGCCGUCUCUGUGCUGAAAUGGGCCGACGCAUCAAAAUGUCAUUCAUGUUCGCACUCUGGAACAUCUUCAAGAAGAUGGGCGAGCAAGAAGACCUGGAUGAAGCCGGGCCAGAUUUCGAUGCUGAUGACGAGGAACGCGGUGUCAGCGUGAAGUCAGUCGUCAAUGUGGCCAAGAUGUUCGCCAUGCUAAUCGCAGAUGGGACACUGACACUCGGGGUCUUGAAGAACCUCAACUUCGCAUAUCUGCAACCAAAGACUAAAACAUUUGUGGAGGUUCUUAUUAUCAGCAUCAUUCAGCAAUCCCAGAAGAAGGCACAAAAAAAGAAUAAGGGCAGUGCAGACGAGCCUGUCAAGGAUGAAGAGUCCUUGAUGCAAGUCUUCUUGCGUGUGCAAGAUACACCACAUAUUGCAAAGGGCCUGAUUUACUUCAUUCGCAAAAUUGUUGCCAAGUCUGAUAUCGUGGCCUCGGAAAAAGAACAGAAGCUUGUUCGCUGGGGAUGCAAUGUGGCUGUGGAUGCCCUGAAGGCAGUAAAAGAUUGA